ACUACAAUUUGUAAACAAACAAAUUUUAAAACAUGGAAAAUUUUAAAUCUUCAAUCGAUUUGUUUCUUACCGAAGUAUCCAUUGAAUUACUUGGUAAUAAAAUCUACGAUAUCAAUGGAAAGCGCCAAGAUAAGCUCAUCAACUUAUUCAAAGCUGUUCCGGAAGAGAAUAGCGAACCUAAUACAGAAAAUGACUUUCUCUGUAGUUUGGCUUAUGAAUGUGAUUUUACUGAAAACGAGUUGAGUAUGACAAAUUUCCUCGAAGAUCAGCUCGACAAUGUUUUGGAACAAGGUAAUACAUGUUCAGAAGACAACGAUAACAUCAUAAAUCGCCUCAAUCAUUACAAAACCAACCAAGGAGCUCUUCUUGCGGAAAUAUCUGAGAUGAAGUUACAGAAAACAAUUGAGCGAUCAAAAAUAUUAACCCAGCUUAACAAGAAACGUUGGCAUGCUCUUAGAAAGCUAAACAAUGAGGAAAAAGUUAAAGCUGUAAACCAAAUGUACAAACACGAGAAAGAUAUUCUACUAAAAAUGAGCGUAGAUACAAUUCGGCUAAUGAAGUACAUCAUUGAUGAUCCUCAUAAUCAAAGCUUAAAAGGUGCGAUGAUCGGAUCUGUUCAUGCAUUGCGAUCAUCUAAACUUGACAACGAGGAAAUGAAACAAAAAUCGAAGCCAUACCAAAAACCAUCAAGAAGUAGAAACUGAACCAUUACAUCUUAUUUAUAAAUAUUUCGAAAAAGAAACAUGAAAUAAAGAACAUAACAUUGAAAGUUCAAA